GGAGGCCAGCGGGGCCGCUCCGUGGCCGGGCCGGGCCCUGCGGUUCGUUGCCUCCUGCCACGGACACCCCGAGCUCCACUGGGCUCGGCCUGAGGCGGUGGCCAGCGCUGCUGCCGCCUUUGGCCCGGCCCUGGCGGGGGCUGCGGCCUCCAAGCGGCCAUCCCCGCGCCGGCUGCGGCGGUGAUUCCUGUCUGCUCCCCAGGGGGCAAACCCACCCCGGGCUGAAGCGGCCCGGGUGGGAGACCGAGCUCGUCCUCGAGCAGCUGGUGCGAUGCUUUCCUCUGCAACAACCUCCCCUUGCUGCAGGGCUGUAGGGUGAGCGUGUGUAGGGGUAUCUGAGUGCGCCUCUCCCUCUCAGCCCUUGCUGCAGCCCUUGGUAAGAGUCGUCAAACCAAAGGUCCGCCUACCCGGCAGCCUGGCUUUGCUACUAGCCAAGAAGCCCAUGCCCAAAAGAAGUUGUGAGAGCAAAAUAAGCUACUGAUGUCGUUCUGUAUAAACUAUUGCUAGCACAUCCCUUGUGUUUAGUAGUCUUGAAUUUUCAUUGAUGGAAGAAGGAUCUAGCUACUUUUUGAAGCGCUGUGAAUUUUUAGCAUCCGUGAUGUCCAAUGGAAAAGAGUUGCAGAGGUUAAUGACAGGUUAAUGGGCUGUAAAGAUCCACCUGCUUCGGUUUGUUUGAAACCGCUACCUGCUGGCUUCAUGCAAGUCUCACGGUUGUCCUACCGGAAAAGAAAGUGAAAAUGGAUUGUGCUGCAAUUCCUCAUCUGUAGGGUUUGUUAUAUUGUCUUUCCUUGUUUCAACCACUCGCACAUACUGGUCUCUUUUCUGUUUUUAACUGCUGCGUCUAUGGAACUGAUGAAUAUUCUUGAUCAUCCUUGUUGCCUUUAUUUGUACAUAUUCCUACUAUAUCCAUUUGCAGCUGAAGGGACAAGAGUUGACACAUAAUAUUUGAGAUGCAAAUGAGGCGUGCACUUAUACGAUGACAUAAUGAUGCUUAGUUUUCUGUUGCUUUCCUAAUAAAUCCUAUUACCACUUUUACUUCCUUGACUGCUUCUUCAGCCUUGGGCAGAUGUUUUCAUGGGUUACCCUUAGAUAAUCCCGAGAUCUUGUUUGUGAGUGAUAACGUUAUCAGCUCAGAGAAUGUCAUUGUGUACAGAAAGUCAGGAUUGUUUGGGUGGUUUUUUUUCCCUUUGUUUUGCCAUGUGCGUUGCUUUACAUUUACCCACUCUGAAUUUCACCUUUACCUCACAGUUGCUCCAUAUCAGGAGGUUCUUCAGCAACCCCUCCCACAAGCCCUAUCUCUGCUACCUCAGGGCAAUUUAGUAUUGCUUACUUCUUAAAGCACUGCUUGAAUAUAGCAUAUGCCUGUGAGAGGCACAGCAUUCCUUGGAAACACCGGUCAGUCUUAUUGCAUGCAUGCUUUGCAGUGCUUACAUCUGCUUCCAGCAUUUAAUGGCUUUGGAAAGAGCCUACGAAGAAGGAGGCUUGGAGUACGCUGCUACCGCAAGAGCAAUGCGUGUGCAAUAGGAUUUCAUUCAGCCUCUUGAGGACUUCUUGGAUAAGCACAGGCAACGGGCCAGAGAGAGGAGAAGCAGUUGGAGCUGACCCUGGAGGCUCUCAUCAGUCAGGUGGCUGACCUGAAGAACUCCUUGGUCAGUUUCAUCUACAAGCUGGAGAAUGAGUAUGACCGACUCACAUGGCCUUCAGUUCUGGACAGCUUUGCAUUGCUCUCAGGGCAGCUGAACACCUUGAAUAAAGUGCUAAAGCAUGAGAAGACCCCACUGUUGCGAAACCAGGUUAUCAUACCCCUAGUGCUGUCUCCAGACCGCGAUGAGGAGAUCAUGCGGCAGACAGAGGGACGUGUGCCAGUGUUCAGCCAUGAGGUAGUGCCUGACCAUCUUCGAACUAAGCCUGACCCUGAGGUAGAAGAGCAGGAGAAGCAGCUCAUCACAGAUGCAGCUCGAAUUAGCCCUGAUGUGGCACAGAAACAGAUCCAAAGUCUGAACAAAAUGUGCUCAAAUCUGCUGGAGAAAAUCAGUAAGGAGGAGCGUGAAUCUGAAAGUGGAGGUUUACGACAGAACAAGCAGACUUUCAACCCUGCAGAUACCAAUGCGCUGGUAGCAGCUGUGGCCUUUGGGAAAGGACUGUCAAACCGGAGACCGCCUGGCUCUGGAGGAUCUGUCCAGUCAGGCCAACCUGGAGCUGGUGCCAUCAUUGCAGGUGCUUCAGGCAUGCAGCAGGUCCCAAUGUCAGGUGCACCAGCUCAGCAGCAGCCAAUGCUGCCAGGAGUGCAGAUGGCACAAGCAGGACAGCCAGGAAAAAUGCCAAGUGGCAUAAAAACAAACAUCAAAUCUGCCUCAAUGCAUCCAUAUCAGAGAUGAGCUGAGAUGAACCAGACCCAGGGAACAGCAGUUACCAGCAUUGUUCCUGCUGCAGCCACCAUACCUGGAUUCCUUCUAAGAUUUCCGAGUCCCUUCACAUAUCCGCACACCAUAUCCAGGGAGAUAGGGGUUAUGAGGCCCUUCCCUGUGCUUUAUUUAGUGCUGGGUGGCUGUGUGGAGCUGCUAGUGGCCAUGUCUCCUGGACACAAGUACUUCUCUGUUCAGUCAGAGCAGAGGACUUUGCUUCUGUUAUUGAUCCCAUCUUCUUCAGGUCUGGCCUGGAGGAUAACUACCUUUUCCUGAUACAGAACCUGAAGAGCUGCAUGGAGCACUCUGCUCCCUGUUUCUGCUUGUUCACUUGGGAUGUUCUUUCUUUACUCCCUCUUGUUGAAUAAAGACCUUGCUAUGCACACUGA